CGUGGCAGGCUGGAUGUGGAAAAAAUACCUAUGAUCCAUAUCCACACUGUGCCACACGAGCCUUGGAACAUGAGAGGGGCGCGAUAUCCUAAUCCUGACGAGGAGAAGAAGGUGGUGGAUUACCUCGACGGCAAGAUACGUACGCAUGUCACCGAUUAUUCGAGUGGGCCGUAUGCGUCCCCGUGGUUCUGCUUCAUCAAACCUAACGGGACGCUGCGGUGGGUGCAAGACUUACAGAGGCUGAAUGCGGUAACCAUGCGGGAUGCUGGAGGACUGCCAAAUGCGGAUGCUCUGUCAGAAUCCUGUGCUGGAAGGCCUAUAAUCUCACUUGUAGACCUUUACUCAGGAUAUGAUCAGUUUCCAGUCUACCCGCCGGAUAGGCCGGUGACGGCUAUGCACACGCCACGAGGAUUAAUCCACAUGAACGUGGCCCCACAAGGGUGGACCAACGCGGUAGCAAUGGUCCAACGGGCCAUGAUUCGGACUAUGCAGUCAGUUAGCCCCCAUAUCACACAGCCAUACAUCGACGAUUUGGCGGUGAAGGGGCCGACAAUAAAGGAGAGCGACGAGGUCUUGCCAGGGGUAAGGCGCUUUGUUUGGAAGCACAUCCAGGACCUCGAUAAAGUUCUGAGUCUGCUUGAGGAGCACAACCUCACGGCGAGCGGGGCCAAAUCCAGAUACUGCAUGAAGGAAGCGACUAUCUUGGAGUUCGUCUGCAGCGAGAAGGGCCGAAGGCCAGAUGUGAAGAAGACGGACAAGAUUACUGAGUGGCCAGUUCCGUUCCACUCAAUAACUGAUGUCAGAAGCUCCCUUGGUACGUGUGGAUUUUGGAGGGCCUUCAUCAACAACUUUGCCGCUAAGACUGAGCACCUGAGGAAGUUAGUCCGUCAGGAUCAGGAAUGGGUUUCGAGUGAAGAGCAAGAAGAGGUGGUGGCCAGAAUCAAAGAGGAAUUUCGAGAGGGAGGGUUGGUGUUAGGAGCGCCAGAUUAUGAUGCCACAGAGACACGACCCUUCAUUGUCGAAACAGAUGCGGGGCCAACUGCCUUAGGAGGAGUUCUAAUUCAGGCAGACAUGGAAGGAAAGGAAAGACCCUUGCGAUUUGAGAGUCGGACUCUCUGUACGACAGAGAGAAACUACUCUCAGUUCAAAAGGGAGACCCUUGGUGUCCUCCACUGUCUACGGAUCUUUCGGAACUACAUCUUCGGCAGGAGGUUUAUUUUGAGAGUGGACCUGACCGCCCUGGCCUACUCUCUGAGAAAUUACGUUCCAUCGGAUCCGACGGUUGCCAGAUGGCUGACGUACAUCUGGAUGUUUAACUUCGAGUUGGAGCGUAUUCCUGGUAGCAAGAACCAGCCGGACGGGAUGAGUCGUAUCAACUGGGAUAACCAGACAGGAGAGGCGGUGGAGAAUACGCCCCCAGUUGAUGGAUUCCUGGAUCAGGAGGAAGAUGUCCGUCUCCAUAUCAACAACUGGUCGCCGCGAGUGCCUAGCUGUGUGGGCUAUCCUAUUUGGCAAGCGUCGAGCGGAUAUGAAAUGAGGCCAGAGCUAGUCCUCAAACCCUUUGAAGAAGAAGAUCCUUGGGGAGGUGAGGAUGUUCAGUGGAUGAUGGAGUUGGCGCUGGCAAGUUCGCAUAGUCUGGUGGAAGACAUAAGAACGAUCGAGGAAGGACCAGGCCAGAAAGAACGGCAUGAGGAUUUGAUGGGAGGAAUGUAUCUCAUCGUCAACACGCUAUUGCAGGAAAGCCUCGACCAGUCAGGCUCGUUGAACCCGGCAGGGAAUGUGGACGAAGUGCCCGAAAGCCAGGACGACGAGUUCGAGGAGGGGGAGAUUAAGAAGGCAUUUCGCGUAGAAGAAUAUGAUGGGAUCUACCUGGAGCUGGGGCUUCUCCUGUCUUGCGAGAUGCGGCUAAGGGAUGCGAGCGAUAGAGCCCAGAGGAUGCUGCAGCGCUACGUAGUGCGAGAUGGCCAUCUUUUCGAUCUGGAAGUCGACCUAUCAUUUGAGGAAUUGCUCGACAUUCGGGCGCGACAGAUAGGAGCGAUAGAGGAAAGGAUCCAGAAGGCGUCCGAUCAAGUAGCUAAAAGUCGUAUGGAUGAUAAGACUCGAUGCGAUCAAUCUGCUCGAGUGAGGAAAGUACCUCUGGCAGUUGGGGACGUCGUGCUUCUCUACGAUUCAUCGCUGGAAAAGCUGUGGUCCAGGAAACUUGAUAAGAGGUCUGACUUUACAAAGACAGCCAUGCCAAGAGGAGGGAAGGGGACACGGCCGCCUCAGAGGCCGUUGGGAGCAUCAGGAGGAUAUGAGCGGCAUGGGCCUCGCCAUCGAGAGAGUAAUCCGGUGUUCGAUGAUGGGGACAUCGAGCUAUUUUUGGACAACUUUUGGGAUCAUGCGAGGUGUAUGGGCUGGACCGUGGCCCAGGCGAUUGAGAGGCUGAGGGGAGCAGGCAGGUUCGAGGAGCCCGUCGCGCGGAUGCGUAGAGAGGCGACAACGAGAUCAGAGGUGGAGUGGAGGAUGCAGGAGCUGCGACCCUCGCCUGUGGGACCUGAUGGCAGACCGAUCUGCCUGGAGAUUGGAAAUGCGUCGGACUUCAUCCCCGCGUUUGAGUGGUUCAUGCAGGGGCAGGUGGAGUUCCAUCGGUUUGCCGAGGGUGGAUUGAGGAGGUCGCCAGCACACACACAGGAGGAGCCGCCAGCGUCUGAGGAGCCUUUGAGGGAGUUAGAGGCGCAUUUGGAUAUCUCUCAGUGGAGAGCAUCGCCUCGGGGUGAGGAGCGUGGAGAGCAGGCAGAGGAGGUACCUCGAGAGGAGGUGCCACGAGAGGAGGUGCCACAGGAGGAGGUCCAGGACACUCAGCGAGAGAGAGGGUUGGGCAAUGAGGAGAGGCGUGCAGGGAAGGAGGUGAUAGAGGUUGGAGAGGACACGCCCCCUCAGACGCCAGCAGUGGGUUUGAAACUCGGGGAUGCACCAGGGAGCACUCGCCAGGCAGGGGAGAGAUUGUGGAGAGAAGAGGCCCCAUUACCUUCAUCAGAAAAGGCUUCUUCGCUAGAAGAGAGAGCAGAAAGGAGGAGUGAGAGGGCAGUUGUAAGGAGAGAAGCCUUGACCCUGAUUGACAGACACCUAGCAGCUCAUGCCCUGGAGCACCCAGACCUGGAAGAGCCAACACCUGCAGAGCCGCGCCAGAAGCCGUGCCAGCCCGAAAAGGAGAUGGAGGCAGAGAUCCCGAAGAGGGUUGACCUCCGCACGAGGGAAAGGGCGCCAGCUGGAGAGACAACAGAGGAAAAGAGGGCGAGAAGAACCAGAAGGAUAGACGAGAUAUGGCAAGAGAGGCAGAGGUUGAAGGCAGCGGGGGAGCUUCCGGAGCAGCAGCAGGAGAGGCAGAGAUCGGAGGCAGCAGGAGUACUCCCCGGUCAACCACCCAGCGCGCCAGCUAGGGCUCCGGAAAUCCCUGAGAUGUGGAGGGAAUUUUGGGAGCAGAGAGGAGAGGAGCUUCCUUCGCCAGUCAGAGCCGAACUUGGGGUGGCAAUGAAGGCAGAAGAAAGGUUGGAUCGCAAAAUCAAGUUCCUGACCAAGGCAACUUUUGACCGACACUUGCUAUUGGAGAGCGAUCUGGCAGGAAAGGAGAUAAGGGAAGCAGGCCAUGGGGUACGCCUGGAGGCUAUGGAGGUGGAAAUCCAAUAACUCAGGGCAUUGGUGGCCAGUCAGGCAGCUAUCAUCGAGAGCCUGAGGCAGCG